AUGGAUGAAAUCGAGGUCCCGCCGUACUUCCUCUGCCCGGUCUCUCUAGAAAUCAUGAAAGACCCGGUGACCCUUUCCACCGGCAUUACAUACGACCGGGAAAGCAUAGAGAAAUGGAUAUUUUCCGAGAAAAACACCACUUGUCCGGUCACCAAACAGCCCCUUAAACCCGAUUCAGAGCUGACACCAAACCACACCCUUCGCCGGUUGAUCCAGUCAUGGUGCACCCUCAAUGCUUCCCGGGGAGUCGAACGCAUCCCAACACCCCAACCCCCGGUCACCAGAACCCAAAUCGCAAAGCUACUCAAUGACGCCAAGUCACCGCACCUGCAAAUGAAGUGCCUCGCAACUCUCCGAUCCAUUGUUUCCGCCAGCGACGCCAAUAAGAGGUGCAUGGAAGCUGCCGGCGCCGCUGAGUUUUUAGCUUCACUCCUCCACUUCGACACCGCCGCGGCAGGAGAAGAAUAUGAAGAUGGGUUUAAUUACAGUAAUCAAUUUACAACAGCCAGUGACGAAGCUCUGAGCAUCCUCUACAAUCUUCGGCCAUCGGAGGACACCCUCAAGUCACUUGCCGCAAAAAAUCCCAACCUCGUGGACUCCUUAACCGUAGCCAUGCAGAAUGGAAGCUACGAGUCUCGUGCAUACGCCGUAAUGCUGCUAAAAUCAAUAUUUGAAGUAGCCGAUCCAACACAGCUUAUUACCCUAAAACGAUCAUUAUUCGUCGAGCUAGUUCAGCUCUUGCAUGAUAAUGUCUCUUACAAGGCCUCAGCGGCUGCAUUACAUAUCAUGAUCAAUAUUUGUCCUUUGGGACGAAACAAGGUGAAGGCGGUAGAGGCGGGUGCGGUGGCGGUUUUGAUCGAUCUUCUUCUAGAUUCUUCCGAGAGGAGGGCUUGCGAGAUGAGCCUGGUGGCGCUGGAGCAGCUGGCCCAUUGCGCGGAUGGGAGAGCCGAGCUGGUGAGCCAUGGAGCGGGGCUGGCUGUGGUGUCGAAGAAAAUACUUAGGAUUUCGAAGAUGGCGAGCAAAGCCGCAGUAAGGAUUCUGCAUUGGGUUUCAAAAUUUUCAGCGAACGAGAGGGUUCUGCAUGAAAUGUUGGAGGUGGGGGUGGUGGCAAAGCUGUGUUUGGUGCUUCAGGUGGACAGUGGAGAAAAGACCAAGGAGAAAGCGAAGGAGAUCCUUAGGAUGCACUCUAGGGCGUGGAAGAAUUCUCCCUGCGUACCUGUAACCCUGCUUUCUUCAUAUCCUUCUUAA